GUGACAGCCGACAGGUGGUACACCUGAACCGAGAAAGAAAGCCAAAGAAGACAUUUUCAUGUUUGUGUUUCGAAUUCUCCUCCUUCAAGAAAUACACUUCCAUCAAUUCCAUCAAUGGUGUGAAAAUUGCUGAUAAUUUUUGUGCAAGUAAUUUUGGUUUUGAAAAGAUAGGAGGCAGACUGUUUUCAUUGUAAGUGUAUUGUAAAUUUUAAUCUCGUUGAAAAUGAAGUUAUGAGUUAACUUUUGCUCUGUAGCAAAUUGAAAGCGGUAGUAAAAGUACGUCAUCGGGGGGCAGAAAAGAUACUAGGGUAGAAAAGAUACAAUGAAUUCUGAUUCAUCCUUAGAAUAUCCAGUGAAAAGUGAGCCCGUAGAUCCAUUAUCACUCUCUCCAGAUGAUUUGGGUGGCUGUGUUGAGCCCAUUAAUGAUGGCUCUUCAUGUAUGGAGCCAAGCGUGGAAGUCAAGAAAGAGAUAGAAACAUGUGAGUCAAGUAAAGAUGAUGGUAAAUGUUCUCGUGAAAUUGAUGCUGCAGUGAAAGAGGACAAUGUAGUACCUUGGAGCAAGAUAUAUAUAAAAGAAGAAUCCUGCAGCAAUGAGAUUAAGAGAGAAGAAAUGGGAAGAUCUUCAAGUGACGGAAGUAAAACUGAUUGUUCACAGGAAAAUUUUUAUUGGGAACCAGAGAUAAUUCAUACAAAUGAGAAAUACGUCCAAAAAAUUAACAGAAAAAAAUCUCUUGGUUCUAAAAGAGUUUCUAAAACUCCCAAGUAUACCAAAGAGUGCAGUGAUUGUGGAAAAAUAUUUACUCAGCAAAGUCUUUAUAUUAGACAUAUGAGGAUUCACACUGGAGAAAAGCCGUUUAAGUGCAAUGAUUGUGGAAAAGCAUUUUCUCUUAAAAUUAAUCUCGACACACAUUUGAGGGUUCAUACAGGAGAAAAGCCAUUCAGCUGCAAUGACUGUGGGAAAGCAUUUUCGGUGAAAAGUCAUCUUAACAGACAUAGCAAAAUUCAUACUGGAGAGCAGCCCUUCAAGUGCAGGUAUUGUGAGAAAGCUUUUUCUCAGAAAAGUCAUCUUAACACUCAUAUGUGGAAACACACUGGUGAAAAGCCAUUUAAGUGCACUGAAUGUGGGAAAGCCUUUUCUCAGAAAAGUCAACUUAACACUCAUUUGUUGAAUCAUGCAGGAGAAAAGCCGUUUAAGUGCACUGAGUGUGGGAGAGCAUUUUCUGAUAAAAACGUACUUAGCAAGCAUUUAAGGAUUCAUGCUGAAGAAAAACCUUUCAAGUGCAAUGACUGUGGGAAAGAAUUUUCUCGUAAAGUUAAUCUGGACACACAUUUGUGGAUUCACACGGGAGAAAAGCCAUUCAAGUGCAAUGAGUGUGGAAAGGCAUUUUCUCGUAAAAUUAACCUGGACACACAUUUGUGGAGCCACACCGGAGAAACUCCAUUUAAGUGCGAUGACUGCGGGAAAUUCUUUUCUCAUAAAAGUAAACUUAACAAACAUUCGAGGAUUCACACCAAAGAGAAAGCUUAUCUCUGUAAUAACUGUGGGAAAGCAUUUUCUCAGAAAAGUAAUCUUAACAGUCAUUACAGGAUCCACACAGGAGAGAAGCCCUUCAAAUGCAAUGACUGUGGUAAAGCAUUCUCACAUCCAUCAAGUUUAAGAAAACAUUGCAUGAUUCACACUAGAGAGAAGCCCUUUGAGUGCAGUAACUGUGGGAAAGCAUUUUCUCAGGAAAGUCAACUUAACAGUCAUUUGUGUAAUCGCCCUGGAGAAAUGCCAUUUAUUAGCAAUGAUCUUAGGAAGGCAUUUUCUAUGACAUCUGCUCUUAGUAUACAUUUAAAGCUUCACAGUGGAGAGAAACCAGUUAAUUAACAAGAUUAUGGGAGUUUAUUUUCUCAGAAAGGUACAGUACAUAGUGGUAACAAUCAUUUAAGGCUACAGACAAACCAUAGGAAUUUAGAUGUUCUUAGGGGAGAAAUGUCUUACCAACCAUGUAAGACUAUGCAGUGAACUUAUCUGUAUUAUUACAAUCAAAGCUGCAAACCUAGUUUGAAAAUCAGAAUGCUACUGGUAUUCAGAAUAUUGAUUUUCUGUAGUUGAGGAAACAAAGAAAGGAUUAGUUUAUUAAAAGUUAAUUUGAAAAACAAGAAUGAGGGAUAUUUAGUUUUUCAGUGCUCAGCUUUAUUGUCAAGCAUAGCAGCCAAAAGGUUGCCUUUUUUACUGGACAGUGAGUGACGAGAGCCAGCUAGUUUAAGAAAAGGAUGAGCAUUUAGAUUAUACCACACCUAAAGAUACAAUUUGAUAGGAGCUCGCUAUUUAAGUUGCCGAGUUGCACCAGAAAGAGUUUCUUUCACAGUAUGAUUUUGUUCUUAUUCAGCUGAAGCAUAAACACACUGAACCACUGGGUACAAGGCUCCUGUUUCUUCAAGUAGCACAUCCACAUGGCAUCAAGCUUUGACUUAGAUAAAUGAUAAUUCAUCUACCAAGUAGGGGUUCACCUAAUCUGUAUACAAAUCUUAGUCUUUUUCAAGGAACAAGAAAGGUAACUAACUAAUACAACUGUGACUAAUUCAGAAAUGAAAUAUCAUCAAAAUUCCUUUCAAGUCUGCUUGAGAUUUAAUACAUUUACAAGCGUAGGACACAUCCAGGACAAUUUGUUCAGUUUUAAUCAUGAUCAGAAGUCUCAAUUUGGAGGACAUGCAGUACUAGUUAUUAAACCAGGGGAACUGCUAAAUACUAGUUUCAAACAGUUACCAGACGUGUGUACAACCUUAUAUAUAAUUUGUUCUCUGUCAGAUUCAAAAGUAAAGUCAAAAGCCUUUGAGCCAUGGCUCUCAUUAGGAGAAAUAAUUUAUUUCCUAUUGUGACCAAUGAAAACACCCAUAAAUACAAAAGAAGCCUCUGUCAUCUUCAUGUGUCUUAGGCAUGGUGAUGAGAAAACAGUAAAAUAUAAUCAUCUAAGUCUAGUUUGCAAGAAAUCUAACACACAUGAAAGUUAUGCUAGAUUGCAGUAGAUGGAACAAAGUGAAAUCUGUUAUGCCUGCCAAAACAUUUAUAAUUUGGACUUCAUGGCACCACAUUCAUAAUGGAUCUUGCAGUAACUACAGAUUACACAGUAACUACUUCUUUUCUCUGUGUACUCUGCAAAGUUGCAGAGAAGAUUAUUUUCAAGCCAUUUUACAAUUUUUGUGUGGAAUCCAAACAAUUGCUAGCUGAUAGUCAGUAAGCAUAGAGGAAGUAGUUAGGUACCUGCGAUGCUAUUUUAGAUUUGACAUGACAUUUGCAAGAAAACCUCGAUAAGGGUUUUGAGUGUAGAGUAAAUUUAAUAGAUUUUAGUGCUGCUUUCGAUUUAGAAGAUCAUAGCACUUAUGUAUAAACUUCGGAAUCAUGGAGUGGGUGGUUAUACUAUAUUAGGAUUACUUCAAGAUUUCCUUACAAGUAGGCAGCAGCAAGUUGCUGUUGAUGGGAUUUUUAGCAAACCUGUUGUCUCUGGUGUUCCACAGGGUAGUGUUCGUGGUCCUCUGUUAUUUUUUGUGUAUACAAGUAAUAUGGUGGUUGGCCCAUAUACAAAAAUGUUCAGUAUGCCAAUGAUGCCGCACUUGUGGGUGCAGUAAAAUCUCUGCUGAGAAAUGAAGCUGCUCUUAGUCUGACUUGUGACAUGGAGCGUAUUAGUGAAUUGUGUAUGUAGUAGGUUUGGAAUGAGGUUGAACUCCAGUAAAACAAAAACGCUAUUGAAUAUUAGAUCCCAUACUGAUUUUCCAUCCCAUCCUUCCCAUGAGGUGGAUGUAACCACACUAAAUGAGUCUGAAUCUAUAACUAUACUUGGUGUAACUUAUGACUUGCAUCUUACUUUUUAUACAUCCAAUGUAAAUGUCAGCAGAUGCUACAUGGAAGAAAGGUCUUUACAUAAGGCCUCAUAUUUAUAAUAGUGAUAAAUCACUGCAACCUGUUUUAGGUCAUUUGUGCUUCCUUUACUAGAGUACAGGUCUCCCGUGUGGAUAUUUGCUUCUGCCAGAGAUUUAUCUCUUAGACAGAGUAGUUCAUGGUGGUAAUUUUCUGCUUCCUAACAUUAGCAGUUAUAACUUGGACCAUCAGCGGAUGGUCUUUUUUUAAAAUUUUUUUUUUCAAAAGUUGUAUUUUAACAAAAAUGAUUCACAUUCAAGAUUGAUCCCUGAUUCUCUGUUCCUGUUGAGAGCAAUUAGAUUUGUUGAACAGCAGCACCAAUAUGCAAUAAUUGUACCCCACUGUCAAACUUUUCAGUUCCAGAGGUCCUUUAUUCCUCACACCAUUGGAUAGUGGAACAGUCUGCCUGAGGAUGCUCUGCUAUUGGAACCUCAAAGUUCAACCAAAGAGGCAAUUCAUUAGUAACCUUAGCAAUUCUCCUUGUAUUUUGUUAUUUACUAUUUUUGUUUAUCUUAUUCUACUUUUGUAAUUUUUUUUUUCUCUAAUAACUGAUCUCUUCCGUCUGUAUUUCUUAUUAUGUACCUUCUGUUACUUCUUUCAAAUGAACACCAUAUUCUUUGGAAGCUUGAAUUUCAAGUCAAGUCCCUGUGGGCUUGAUUCAAAUGAAUAGGUUUCAUUUGAAUAAUAAUAAUGGUACAGGAAGCUGCCAUCUUCCGUGCCUUUGGAUUGCUGUUAUGGUUGAACAAUAAUGGUUACUCAAAGCCUGGAAUGAGGGGCUCCAAUAAGGGCCUCAUUUGAGAAACUGAAAUUCAUGUGCACAGUACAAAGUCCUACUGUUUUGAGGCAACCACUAAAAUUACUUUGUAUUUCGUGAAUGUUGCAGUACAUCACAUGACAUAUAAGUGAGGUCAAGAGAACACAAUUGAGGUCUUGAGUGCACAAGUAAAGGAUUUUGUUCAACCUCACCAAAUAGUAUAAAGUCUAUAAAAAUGUUCUGUACUUUAAAACAAACUUAAGAAUGAUGAUAACAGUAUCAUUAUGAACAAGAACAUGUGUAUAAAAAUGGUCAUCAGAAUCCUUUCAAAAGAUAAUCAAAUGUCAGAAACAAUGGCCAGCAUGUUGUAGCCAACACAUCAUGACAAGCAAGUUACCUUUCAGGAUAUCCACAUUGACUUUCAGAAGAUCCUUAGCUCUUUUAAGGUUCCUCAACACUUCCUCUUCAAAAAUGAGGCUAAGAUGUUUUUUUUUUUCUGACAUAAAUAUUGGCAAGAAAUAUACAUAUGUAUGAAUGAGAACAUGGACAGAACUAGGAAUUGUGAUUGCCCACUGAUUUAACAACUUCAGUGAAGGUUGACAUGGUGAGAAGCAGUUGGGUAAGUUUAUAUGAAGUCAUCAGGCUUCAGUCUGAUGUUGAAGUUAUAGAAUCAGUUGGUAAAAUGUACAUGAAAUGUUACAUGAAAUUAAUAUAUGUAUAUGUUUUAAGAAGUGUUACUUCAUGAGUGCUAGUCUUUGUGGGAGCACAAGCCUCCAGAAUACAACAGAUCACAUUGUCGAUGUGAUUUCUCUUUAAUAGAAAGAGGAAAUAGGCCCAUAGGCCCAGGUUUCUAGAGGAUUAUGACUGGUCAAGAGGUAUAGCCUACUUCUGAAACAUUGAGGAAGUUAGGAAUGUAAGACCGAAAAAAAUGACCAAGGUUUUGUAUUUCAUGUGCUAGAACAUAUAAGAUGUCUUGUUCAUGUAUACUAUUAUUAAAUUAUUUAGUGUUUAUUUAAUGCUUUGUGUUGUGAUGGUGUUGUACUUUAGGAUGUUGAUUAAAAUAUUUUUAUACCCA